ACAGGGCCCGCCCCGCUUCCUUCCGGGAUAAAUUCUGGCCGCACCGCCUCCGUGUGCACGUGUUGUCGCCGCUGUUGUCCCCAGCUUGUCCGCGGACCCCUGCGGCCUGCAGCCAUGGCACCCGGCCAGCUCGCUUUAUUUAGUGUCUCUGACAAAACUGGCCUUGUGGAGUUUGCCAGGAACUUAGCUUCUGUUGGUUUGAAUCUGAUCGCCUCUGGAGGGACUGCAAAAGCCCUCAGAGAUGCUGGUUUGGCAGUCAGAGAUGUCUCUGAGAUAACUGGAUUUCCUGAAAUGCUAGGGGGGCGUGUAAAAACCUUGCAUCCUGCAGUCCAUGCUGGAAUCUUGGCUCGUAAUAUCCCAGAAGAUAGUGCUGACAUGGCCAAACUUGAUUUCGAUCUUAUAAGAGUUGUUGUUUGUAAUCUGUAUCCCUUUGUGAAGACAGUGGCUUCUCCAGGUGUAACUGUUGAAGAGGCUGUUGAACAUAUUGACAUUGGAGGGGUGACUCUGCUGAGAGCAGCAGCCAAAAACCACGCUCGGGUGACGGUAGUAUGUGAGCCAGAGGACUAUGCAGCCGUAGCCUCAGAGAUGCAGGACUCCAACAGCAAAGACACAUCCUUGGAGACGAGACGCCUGUUAGCCUUGAAGGCUUUUACUCAUACAGCACAGUAUGAUGAAGCAAUUUCAGAUUACUUCAGGAAAGAGUACAGUAAAGGAGUAUCUCAGAUGCCUCUGAGGUAUGGAAUGAACCCUCAUCAGACUCCUGCCCAGCUGUAUACCCUGAAGCCCAAGCUCCCUAUCACAGUUCUGAAUGGAGCCCCUGGAUUUAUAAACUUGUGUGAUGCUUUGAAUGCCUGGCAGCUGGUGAAGGAGCUCAAAGAAGCUUUAGGCCUUCCAGCCGCUGCUUCUUUCAAACAUGUUAGCCCAGCAGGUGCUGCCGUUGGAAUUCCACUUAGUGAAGACGAAGCCAGCGUCUGUAUGGUCAAUGAUCUGUACAAGACCCUCACACCUAUAGCCACUGCAUAUGCAAGAGCAAGAGGGGCUGAUAGGAUGUCUUCCUUUGGUGAUUUUGUUGCAUUAUCUGAUGUUUGCGAUGUCCCUACUGCCAAAAUUAUCUCUAGAGAGGUAUCUGAUGGUAUUAUUGCCCCGGGCUAUGAAAAUGAAGCUUUGAAAAUACUUUCCAAAAAGAAAAAUGGGAAUUACUGUGUUCUUCAGAUGGACCAGUCUUACAGUCCAGAUGAAAAUGAAAUUCGAACUCUUUUUGGUCUUCGUUUAAGCCAGAAGAGAAAUAAUAGUGUUGUCGACAGGUCACUGUUUAGCAACAUUGUUACCAAGAAUAAAGAUUUGCCGGAAUCUGCGCUCAGGGACCUCAUUGUGGCCACCAUUGCUGUCAAGUACACUCAGUCUAACUCUGUGUGCUAUGCCAAGAACGGGCAGGUUAUUGGCAUCGGAGCAGGACAACAGUCUCGUAUACACUGCACACGCCUUGCAGGUGACAAGGCAAACUAUUGGUGGCUUAGACAUCACCCGCAAGUGCUUUCCAUGAAGUUUAAAACUGGCGUGAAGAGAGCAGAAAUCUCCAAUGCCAUCGAUCAGUAUGUUACUGGAACUAUUGGCGAGGGUGAAGAUUUGAUUAAGUGGAAGGCACUGUUUGAGGAGGUCCCUGAGUUGUUAACCGAGAAAGAAAAAAAGGAAUGGGUUGACAAACUUAAUGAAGUUUCCAUCAGCUCUGAUGCUUUCUUUCCUUUCCGGGACAAUGUAGACAGAGCUAAAAGGAGUGGUGUGGCCUACAUCGCUGCCCCUUCUGGUUCUGCCGCUGACAAAGUUGUGAUCGAAGCUUGCGAUGAGCUGGGAAUAAUCCUUGCUCACACGAAUCUCCGGCUCUUCCAUCACUGACUUCAUCAAUAACAUUAUUUUGUACCCUGCCUAUGUGUAGGUAAAAAAUCAUAUAUGGAAUUUUGAAAAUAACCUUUUUUAAAAGUAAAGCAUUAAAUUUUCAUAAUCUUCGGUCUAUACUGUCUUAGUUAUAGGCACUGUCUUGAUUAUUGUAACUUAAUAGUAAAUAGUGAAAUUGGGUAGUGUGAGUCCUUCACAGUAGUCUUUUGGAAGGAUUUCUUGGCUAUGUCCAGGUCCUUGUUAUUUCCAUAUAAAUUUUCAAAUCAGCUAGUCUGUUUUUACAGUAAAAACCUCUUGAGAUUUUAAUUGGCAUUGCACUGAAUCUGUAGAUCAGUUUGUGGAGAAUUGAUGUACCAUCUUUUUUCCCUUUGAAGGUUGAUCCCCUCUGGUUCCCACCAGCUUUUGGUUGCUUUACAGGACCUUCAAAUAGACCUUUUAAAUAUUUUUGUCCAGUGUUCAUAAUCAUCUACAGGUGGAUUCGUCCAAAAAUUUACACCAAUAAAUACAGUAAUUUCUAAUAAUUGGCUUAAAUAGCGUCUAUAUUUCUAAGUCAUUUCUAGCAAAGUAUUUCCCCCCCUAGGAAUUUGACCAUUUUAUGUUAAGUUUUCAAAGUUGUUAAUUAGCAUAUAGUUGUAAGUAGUUUUCUGAAUUUUUAAAAGAUCUUUAUUAUGGAUGUUUUGGGAUGAAUACAAAAUAGUAAAAUUCUGUGUAUCCAUAAUAUCUCAUGACUGCUUGAGUUUUAUCUACUUUUUCCCCACUUGCAAUGCCUAAACACUAUUUUGAAGCAAAGUCUGUAUAUUUCAUUCGUAAAUAUUUCAAUCAAUUAAUAUAAAAAUAAAGUAGAAAAUAAUUUUUAAAAGGAAUAUUCUCACACUUUAGAAAAUACAUGACUACUUCUAUCGACUGAGAGCACCAAGAAGUAUGACACCCCAGGGGCAAUGAACAUAACUGAUGCUAAGGUCGUGGUUUCUAAUGCCACUAUCUAAAAGGAGCCAGGACUCCUUGAAGAAAUAGCUUACUGCAGUCUGAGCAGAAAACCCAUAACAAAACAUCUGGAUCAAUAAACAGUGUAUUUAAGUUGGGGGAGUGUCUAGGGCCCAGGAAGAAAAACAUCAGCCCUCACUCAUGUAUGAACCAUCCACUGAGGGCAGCUUAUACCAUCCUGAUAGCUCUAGGGGCAGCUUCUUACUAAAGCCCAGUCUUUGUCCCCUCCUCAGAGCAAAAGUUCCUGCAGGUCUUCAAGUGCUUCCAUUCUUGGACACUCCUAAAGCUCGUUUUUGCUACACACCGUGCUAGGCACAAGUUUACUUUGAAAAAUAAAUGUAAUAAACCAUGCCUGUGUGGAAAGUGCAUUAAACAUCUGUAGCUUAAAGAAUCUUUUUUUUUCAGCCAUGCUGUGUGGCUCGCAAGAUCUUAGUGCCCUGACCAGGAAUUGAAUGUGGGCUCCAGCAGUGAAAGCGAAACGUUCUCUUAACUGCUGGAUCACCAGGGAAUUCCCAAGAGUCAUUUUUAAAUACAUAUAUCACCAUCAAUGAGGUGAAAAAGAAUUUUGCCAGCAGUUCCCCUGCCGUUCCCCCUCCUCACCAUACCUGUUCUUGACUAUGGCCCUUGCUUUCCUUCUAGGACACCACCUUUGGGCCGUUUAUAAUAAUCACUACCCUGUUUGAUACUCACCAGUUUGGUGAUCUUGGGGACAUGUCUUGUGUUCAUUGCUCAGUCGUGUCCAACUCUUUGUGAUCCCAAGGACUGUAACCCAGCAGACUCUCUGUCCCUGGGGUUUUCCAGGCAAGAAUACUGGAGUAGGUUGCCAUUUCCUCCUCCAGGAGAUCUUCCCAACCCAGGGGUCAACCCCAUGUCUCCUACAUUAGCAGGCAGAUUCUUUACCAAGUCACCAGCCUCUUGGAGUUUUGUUUUCUCAUCUACAAAAUGGAGAUGGAUUUGCUCUCAGAGAGGCUGAGUAGCUCCUGAUUAUUAGCACGCAAUCCAGGGUUAGUUUAUCAGGUUCAGGUUCCAACUUUGUUACUAACAACCUGUGUGGCGUUAGGUGAUUCACUUAGACUUUCUUCUUAUAAAGUGAUGUUGCGGUACACAACUCUUAGGGUUGCCCUGAGGAGUAAAUGGAACAAAUGUUUAAGAGCACUUAGAACACCACCUGGGGUGUGAUAAAUACUAUUCAUAAAACUGUGUAUUGCUUUCAUAAUGCUUUUGUGUGUAUGGAGCAUAAACGGUAAUGGAAGAUGAUAUUAAAAAUGAUGGAAAUUGGA